AUGUACCUAUUCAACGUCCUCUAUGUCUCUAACCUUGAUAUCAACCUCCUCUCGUACAAUUACCAAAACUUUUUAUUACUCUGUUCAAUUUUUUCAUUAUCAUUGUAUUUUUCAGUAUUUGCAGACCGAGACACAGAUUGAUUUGGGUAGAGAGAUUGGUUGAGGCCUCUAUGAGCUUGUUCUAGACACUUCAUCUAUCGGUCUCUCAUGCCUACUAUUUAUAAAAACUUAUUCACUUAUGUGACAUCGUCGUUUUGUUUAUUCAAAUAUUUUGAAAUUACAUGAGGCUUUACUUAGACUUUCUCUAUCUAAUUUUGAAUGUGAAUCUUGUAAACUUGAAAAAUAUUUUCAUUCAACAUACCACCUACACGAUUCCCUACCAUACGACUAGUUGUUCGAAUUGAUUCAUUGUGAUGUCUGGGGGCCCACACGCAUCACUUUGAUUUCUGGUUUUCACUACUACAUGAUCUUAAUUGAUGAUUUCUCAUGUGCAUCAUAGAUCUAUCUCUUCAUAGAUCAAACUGCAGUCCUUUAUCUUUGAGAAUUAUUUCAAGAAGUACAUGCCCAGUAGAACACCAUGUCAAAGAUCUUUUGAAUGGAUAAUGAUCUCAAUUUACACAAUUUGUAAUUCAAGAGCUAUGUAAAUCACUUGAGAUUAUUUAUUAA